AUGUCAAGAAUAGCGCCAAACCCUGAACAAUUUUCUGAGGAUCCUCCACACGUUACUUUCCUUCUUCCUACGAAAAAUCCACCUUCUUCAUCUUCAAGUAGGACUCCUUCAGUAAUUUCUGUUGCCUCUAUUAAUUUUACUUUGAAACAGCCACGUUAUCAUACUCUAUACCAACCUUCAUGGCGUGAACAGUUGGCCGUUGAACUUGACAACUCUGCCAUUGGUAGUAUAUGGAAAUUGGUUGACGCUUUCCUCAAUAUAUUAUUAUGUGGUAUUUACAUUGCAAACACGAACGAUAUGAAGGGAACCUUGCCAUGGUUUAACGUGUGGUUAGAAGUCUUAGUGUCGAUUAUCUUAUUAAUGGAAUAUAUUCCAAAGUUUUAUAUCUAUGAAUUAAAUUCUUGGCGUUCCUUGUUUACCAGUCCUACACCGAUUCUUACACUUUUAACUGUAUACCCUGUGACUAUCAUAUUUCUUGUAUUAACUGGGUCUUCUUUAUUACACGGCGUGGAAUAUGUUUAUAUGGGCGAGAAACUUACUUUCUUAGAUGCUGUGUUUUUCACGACUAUUAUGUUGGGCACCGUCGGAUACCUUAGCGAUAUAGUACCUGAUAAUGCAUUUCCCAGAAUUCUUUUAUUAGCCAUUUUUACGACUGGCUUAAUAUUUAUUCCGAUUUCACAGCAACCACAUGUUAUUAUUAUUGCACCAACUUUAGAAUUACCUUCUUUAAGGCACUUUUUAAAAGAGUUUUAUUCGUUGGCGCAUGGCCCUGCUACGGUUAACACUAAGGUGGUGAUAUUAAAUCCUAUGGAUCCUACAGAUCGCGUGAGGACAUUCCUUUCUGAUCCCGUCUUCGCACAUCGUGUACAAUACAUUCGUGGGAGUUCACUUGAGGCGCGUAGUCUUGAAAAGGCUAAUGCAAAACACGCGUCUGCCUAUUUUAUUUUAGCCAAAAAAUAUACUCAACAAAGUGAAAUUAUAGAUGCGGAGAAUGUAUUGAAAGCGAUCGCAUUGAGAAAAUUCGAUCAGGGACCAAAACUUUAUAUUCAAUGCAUUUUGCCAGAGAAUAAAGUUCAUUUUGAGAGUUUAAAUCCCGAACAAAUAAUAUGCACUGACGAGUUAAAACUUGCUAUUCUUGCACAUUCAUGUCUUACUCCUGGUUUUUCGACUCUUUUGUAUGGAUUAACUACUUCAUUUACAUUUGAAACUGCCCACGAGUUAAGAGCUAGAUCAAAGAAAAUGAAAGGUUCGGAUUGUAUUGACACUGACACUAUUGAAGAUUAUAUUACUGGGCUUUCGCAAUCGAUAUAUACGACCACUUUAUCCGAAUUUUUCUCAGGAAAAACGUUCCUUGCUGUUGCCGAGCGGCUUUAUGAUAGUUUAGGUGUAGUUUUGUUUGCUAUUGGGAUUCCAAAACAACGUUCAAUUAGCAGAUAUACAAACAAUUGGAUUUAUGGUCAACAUGAGGAAUUAGGGGGGGAGGAUUCUAAAAAUUACAUGGUCUUAAUAAAUCCUGGGGAUUAUGUUGUGAAAGGUGAUGAGAUUGGAUUCGUCAUUGCAUUAGAUGGUUCUAUAGCAGAUGGUGUUUCGUCUUAUAAGGGUCAUAAUGGAAAUCCAAGGAGUACUGUUAUAUCACCUGAAAGACAUGGGCAAGUCCCACCAGAAAGACAACCAUUAUUAUCUGCUGAUGGAUUGAAAAACAAUUCGGGCGGAGGAUAUUUUGAUCUAAAGAAAAAAGCAGGUCCAGCAACAACACCUGAUGGACAGCAUGAGUAUCCACAUAGACCUGAUUCCUCAGUUGCACGUCGUCAUCGUGCACUGUCAACACCUCUUGCUUUAAACGAUGAACAUCAAGCUCGUCAUCACCCUUCACAUCAUCACACCAUCGAUCCUAUUUCAUCUGGUGCCUCUCUAGCACACGAUGUUGAACAUCCAAACUCUAUUAUUGAUGUUAUCACCGGUCAUAUUAUUUUGUGCGAUUAUUCACAAACCAUAUUUCCACGUAACCUUGAUUGUUUCGUUAGUCCGUUACGGAAGUCUUACUUAGAGAAAAUAACUCCUAUAAUCAUUUUAUCAUUGGUAAGGCCAAGUCAAAGUCAAUGGAAAAUUCUAAGUCAAUUUGAUCAAGUUUAUUUUGUGCAAGGAAAUCCAAUGACAAGAGAAGGUUUAGAACUUGGAAGAGUGAAACACGCUAAACAAGCUGUCAUUUUAACAGAUUCCACCCGAAUUUUAAGGCAUACAUUUUACUUAUUUGCGAAUGGAGAAAGAACAGAAGACGCAUCAGCAAUGUUAGUCUAUUUGAAUAUUAAGGCUAUGUGUAAUGCAGACAUUGAUGUGUUUGUAGAAUUUGUUCAUAUGGAUAAUAUGAAAUUUAUGUCUGAGGACGCAUCGGCUAUUGAUAAGAAUAUGCAAGCACAUCAUUCACCGGCUUUUAUGGCUGGUACAUGCUUUACUUUAUCUAUGUUGGAUAGUAUAAUUUGUCAAUCAUUUUAUCAACCACACCUCGUAGCGAUAAUCCAUCAGUUACUUUUUGGCGCACCUCCAUUGCACUUACCUUCUGGGGCUACAUGUCCCGCGCCUGCUCAUUCACAUUUUUUUCAAAUCCCUAUUCCACAGGCAUAUAUUGGAUUUCAAUAUGGUGCAUUAUUUAAAUAUUUUUUGGAAGAAAAAAAGGUUAUACCUUUAGGAUUGUAUCGAACUAGGAAAAUGAAAACUUCCGAUGAUAAUAUAAAAUCAACUAAAUAUGUUUAUACCUGCCCUAGGUAUAAUGUAUAUUUAAGAGAUGAUGAUAAGGUUUUCGUAUUAAGCAAAAGAAUGCCUGUUUGUUAA